CGAUAAAAUACAUAUAUGUUACUUUCCAAAAAAUAUAUACAAAUGUUUCUUAUAUAUAUACACACACCCCUGACCCCUGCAGUUCUGCAUUGAGAACAAACACAACACUGGAAGCAUACUAAUAACGCUUGAUCUUGGACUUUAAUACAGGUUUUUCGACGGCAAAAGAGAACAGUGAACAUGGGUAAUCGAAACAAUUUUCUUUGUUUUCUGUUUACCGUUUUCUUGCUUUCACAAAGCAACCAGACAGGGAGUUGGUUGUUUUUUUCCAAAGAGACUCCACCCGAAAACCCAUCGAAGAAUUCAGAGAUUUCGAGUGAUGUGGUUGCUGACUUCUCAAUGGAAACACUGGGGAACAGAAAGGGAGUACAGCUGGUCGAAAACGCAAAGAACAAGAUGGCCGGAUCGAACUCCUGCUGGCAAAACGCGUACCAGAAUCUGUUUGCUGGGUGUUCGGAGAUUCUAGCGGGUGAAGAGAAACGGUCUAGACUCGCUUGGCAUCUCAGUGAUUGCUUCCAGAAAGACUCCGGAAGGCCAGGUUUUCCUUACUGUGAUGCGAAAUCCAGCAUGUUGAAGUGUUUGACGGAAUUGGAUGAGGAUGCAAGGAAGGUGUAUCUGGAGUUUUAUCUUGAGACCAACUCCAUCUGCCACCAGUUACAGACUGAUGCAUUUAAGCGCCAAACAGAGAGACUGGUGAAUGAACUAAAGAAGUCUGCCCAGUUUGCCGAAGACAAGUUAGAUAUAAUAGAAGAGAAAGCAGAGGAGUUGCUACACAGUUCAAACCACAUACAUGAUUCUUUGGUUUCAAUCGAUGUUCAAACCCAACAAGUGUCCAAAAUGACAAAGAAUGUUGAAGAUCAUGUAAAUGUUGUGCUGAAGCAUGCUGAAGCAGUUUACGAGCAAUCCAAGGAAAUCGCAGGUUCUCAGUCGGAACUGCAAGAAAGCCAAGCACAAAUGAAGAACAAGUUAGAAGAAUCAAUGGAAGUGUUGCAUAAAUCUUAUGACAAUGUGGUUCAAGAAAUAAGUAGGUUGAAGAAUGAAGCUGUUGAAAUAGAGAAGAAGAUUGGAAAAGUUGGGGACGCAAUGGCUUCGAAAAUGAACACUUUGCAAAGCAAAACCGAUGAUAUUGGUAAUCUAGCAGGGAUUUCCUUGAAUAAGCAAAAGCAACUUCUAGAUGGGCAAUCUGUGGCUCUUGAUGGCCUCGAGUUUCUAACCAAAUUUCAGUCGCAGGCACUAGAAGAGAGCAGGAGUACUUUGCAGCAAUUAGCUGAACUUGGGAAUAAACAACAAGACCAGCUUCUUCAAAGACAAGAACUACUACAGCAAACUCAUGAUCGUCUAGCCGAAAAUUCAAAGACAAUAUUGGAAUCUCAGGAAGCUUUUGAGUCAAAGCAAGCAAGCAUGUUUGUCGCUCUAGAUAAGCUCUUUGCCUUGCACAAUGCCAUGCUGCUUGAAGCCCGAUUAAUUAAAGCUUUUGUAUUCUACUUUAUAUCAAUCUUCAUACUCCACAUGCUCACAAGUACAAAGCAAACCUAUGUUGUGAGACCUAAGCUUUAUAUUGGGAUUUCUAUCACAUGCUUGAUUGAAGUUGCAAUACUCCGGCAUGCAACACUUAGUAUUGAACAACAGACUUGGAUUAUAAGUCUGGUUAGAUGGCUCUUUGUGCUGUUCGGAUUAUUCCUGUUUCUAUAUGCCAUUUGGACAUUCAGGGACCUUGAGCUGGCAAAUCACCACAUGAUAUUGGAAAUGUAUAAGAACAACACGGAUCCGGUUAAAGGAAAACGACUAAACACUGAAUGCUCAUGGGAUAGUGAUUGCGACAGUGACGUGAAUUGGUCUUCAUUUAUUGACACUGAGAUAAAAGAAGACAUAGAUAGUCUUGGAGACCCAGACUAUAUGCUUCCAGAAGAAGUCGUGGAGAACUCAAUUGCAACUUCCUUAACAACAACAAAAACAUACAAUCUCCGUUGUCGCCGUUAGUAAUCUAGCAGAUACUUUCUUUCUUACAGCACUUUACAUUUAACCUGCUUUUUGCUGCUUAUUACUUACAACUGUAUGCACAGAUAGUUUGACGUUCAUAACAGUAUCACUAUAAACAAACUUUUUCAUUGUUAUGAAAAGCCAGAUUUUGCAAAAUAUUCCCACAACCAAUUCUGUCAAAGAGAGAGGUCUAAACUUCGUUCACAACAUUGUCCCUACCUCUAUGACUGAAGCAUGCAGAUAAUUCUAACACAAAGAUCCCCAACAAGUGUUUUCAAAUCGGGAUACAUAUCAUGUAUCGUUAUUUUCAUUUUCGGACCGUAUCGGGAUAUGUAUCGCUUAUGGAAGAUACGUUAACAAGAAGCUAAUACACAAUUAAAAGUUAGUAGUGUUUUAUAUAUGAAAAAUACGUUUUAACCCACUUGGGUCUAUCACAUUGAGGCUUUCCAAUGCCUUGGUUAAGGGAAGAGAAGAAGAGUCCUUAUCUGAUUUAUGCAAAACAUGACCGAAAUAUGUUAUUUAUUCUAUUCAAGCCCUAAUGGAUUGAGUUUUGUUGUUCUUUCAAUAGUUUCAAUGACGCCAUAAUUAGAUCAAACAAUUUAGAACGUAUCCUAACUCAUAGUUACUUCUUGUUAAGGACAUAAC